UGUUUCUUUCUCUGUCUAUAAAUACAGAGGCCUCUCCUUUCCACCCAGCCCUUUUCCUCUCCUCCUCCCGUCUUUUCCACCACCACCACCCUCGCGUGCCCUAAUUUCUCGCUGCUCCUUGUCCCCCACCUCCUUUACUUGAGCUUGCUCACCACUGCCUCCAUAUACAGAGAGUCUUCUCUGUAUUUCUCUCUCUCAGUGGGAGGCUCACAAGAAUCUUUCAGCUCACAUCUCACUGUCCUUGCCUUUCUCUAGCUAGGUACUACUACUGCUAGUACUAACCACUGCUCGUGUUCUUGGGACUUCUUCUUCUUCUUGUUCUUGUUCUUAAAAUCAUUUGGGGUUUUGAGCUCCAGGGAGGUCCAAGAACAGAGCAGCAGGAUGGUGCAGUGGCGUUUCUGAGAGCAGCAUGAGUACUCGCACCACCGAGCUGGGAUGGUCGGCGAUGGCGAACACCGAUGCAGCCGCCGCCGAUGAGGGAGAGGCAGCGGUGGCGGCCUGAGGAAGACGCCAUCCUCCUCGCCUACGUCCGCCAGUAUGGGCCCCGGGAGUGGAGCCUCGUGUCCCAGCGGAUGAACCGCCCCCUCCACCGCGACGCCAAGUCCUGCCUCGAGCGCUGGAAGAACUACCUCCGCCCGGGGAUCAAGAAAGGUUCGCUCACCGACGACGAGCAGCGCCUCGUCAUCCGCCUCCAGGCCAAGCACGGCAACAAGUGGAAGAAGAUCGCCGCCGAGGUCCCCGGCCGGACGGCGAAGCGGCUGGGCAAGUGGUGGGAGGUGUUCAAGGAGAAGCAGCAGCGGGAGCUCCGGGAUCGGGAUCGCCGGCGACUCCCGCCGCCGCUGGACGGCGACGAGCGCGGCUGCGCCGGCGGGCGAUACGACUGGCUCCUCGAGGACUUCGCCGACAAGCUCGUCAACGACCACCACCGCCGAAUGAUGGCUGCCCCGAUCCUCCCGCCGUGGAUGUCGUCGUCGCCGUCGUCUUCUUCCUCGCCGUCGGUGACGCUUAGCCUCGCGUCGGCGGCGGUGGCGCCGGCGCCUGCGGCGCCGCCGCCGACGUGGGGUGGUGGUGGAGGAGGGGAGGUGGUGGUGGCGGAGUUGAUGGAGUGUUGCAGGGAGAUGGAGGAAGGGCAGAGGGCGUGGGCGGCGCACAGGAAGGAGGCGGCGUGGAGGAUGAAGAGGGUGGAGAUGCAGCUGGAGACGGAGAGGGCGUGCCGGCGGCGGGAGGCGACGGAGGAGUUCGAGGCGAAGAUGAGGGCGCUGAGGGAGGAGCAGGCAGCUGCGGUGGAGCGGGUGGAGGCGGAGUACCGGGAGAAGAUGGCCGGCCUCCGCCGCGACGCGGAGGCCAAGGAGCAGAAGAUGGCGGAGCAGUGGGCGGCCAAGCACGCCCGCCUCGCCAAGUUCCUCGACCAGGUCGCCGCCUGCCGCCGCUGGCCGCCCGUAGAGAUCAACGGCGGCGGCGGCGGCGGCCCCGGCGGCGGCCGGUGAGCCGCCGGACGGUGGCGCUGCAUGCAUGCGUAGUUGGACACCUCGCUUUCUUGCUUCUUCUUCUCGUGUCCUUUUUACAACUGUUGGAAUUCACUUCUCUCUAGAAAUAUGUAAUCUUUUGAGUCUCUUUUGAUCAUUCCAAGUUUCCUACUAGUAGCUCUAUUGAAUAAUAAAUGGACCACCAAAUUGCAAACCAAAAUGGUUACAAAAGAAUAUCUUGAGCAGCAGUAGAUUGCAAUGGAAAUAAGUUUUUUUA